CCACCCACCCCGAAACAGUUCAGCAACCAGCCACUACCACAGCAACAGCAACAGCAACAACAGCAACAGAUACUCAGACAACAGGGGCAAAUACAACAGCAACACCAACAACACCCCCAACAACAGCAUCCGCAGCAGUCGCAACAGCAGAUGCCGCCCGUGGGCCGGCAGAGUAUGAAGCCCGUGCCAAAUUCGAGCAGACAAUCCAUCGGGGGACCCUCUCCCGGCAUGCACGCACACGAUUCCAUGCAAGCCAUGAUGUCGCGGGGCGAUAGGGGCGACAUAAAGUACAAUCAACAACAGCAGCACCACGACGGCUAUAGGCAGAGUGAUAUGGAGGGGAAACCCAUGAUGAAUCAGAUGUACAAAAUGGAGGAAGGCCGCUCCCCAGUUACGGUAGGCAACCAAGGACAAUCCGGCCCCGGCCCAGGACCCAACAAGGGACUCAGUCAAGGCUCAGGACCAGGAUCAGGACCAGGGCCAGGGCCAGGACCCGGAACUCCUCUAUCACCACCACGUGGGCGUAUGAGCCAAGAUGCCAUGCACAACCAGAUGUGGCAGCAGCGUAUGGGUUCACAACAACAACAGCAGCAGCAAGGAAAGAAUGGGCCUAUGGGCCACAAUAUUCCCCAACAGGGAGGCGGUAGGAGCAUGCACAUGAGCAUGUCCCAGGGUCAGGGUCAAGGACCGGGCUCACAAAUUCAGGGCCCAGGGCAAGGAGGGCCGGGCCCAGGGCAAGGCCCGGGACCGGGACCUGGACCAGGUCAGCCGGGCCAAGGGGGACAUCCACAACCGCAUCCUUCAGGACAGGGUAGGUGGUUUUGCGGAUGGCGGGGAUGUAGUGGGUUGGAGAUCGUUGUCGAUUGA